AUGUUUGCCUGCCAGUUCUGUGCUAUUGUUGGAGUGACGCCGAAGGUCCUCCCGCCGCUGGAGCUUGAUGUUGUUUUGAUGCUAGGUUGCUCCCACCUCGCAAGGAUUCUCGCCGAUGCAUAUCUCAAUCCUGUCACUAUCAACUUCGAUAUGAUGAGAUAUUCCGAAGUACUGCAAAAGCAGGAGAGAGGUGUUAACCCCGGACGUGAAGAAUUUCUCCUCACCCGAUACCCGCCGGAUCGUGAGAUUAUCCUGGAGCGUCCUGCAGUUGUCCUCGACAAAUUUGGUCUUAUCGUGCUAUCGUACCUCCCCGGAGCAAUUGAUGCUGCCAUUCAGAAUGACAUGCUUUCGGCGACGAUGAUGAUGUCGGGCCCACUGGGCAAGAGUAUCACCCGUGGUACAUCGCCGAAGGACACAUGGCGUACCCAUGAAUCCAAUUUUCAAAUCAGUGAACAUGGCCUUACCUCAGGGUGCAUAAAUCUAUUCGCCGGGGUGGUUCCUGCAAGCUCAUCCUGGCUCCACAGUUUCACCCUGAAGUGUCGGCUACCCUUAAAAGCGACGAUGGUGCGGCUUACUGUCGGGCGAUGUGCAGACCGGCGGCCCUUGUUGCCGCUGCAGUUGAGAGUCAUGCACUCCGGUCUUUAUUGGUCAUCGUUGACAACACAACUGGGGCUUGGGGUUUGGGCAGAUACUCACCACACACAGACCAUGGGGACUCGGCUCAGAGAAUGGGCAUCUGUCUUUACCGUCGUCGCCGUUAUGUGCAACCGGUAUACUCUCUUGCACCGAGAUGCUCUAUCCCGCGCUCAAUGGUUUGACAUAAUGACCAGCAGUCGGCAGUUAUACAUCGGCGCGAAUGAAGAUGCCAAAUAUUGGCAUUGA